UUUAAGACAGAAAUGAUAUCAAAGUAUUAACUUAAAAAAAAAAGAAAAUAAAAACAAGUGGCUCAUUUUUUUAUUUAAAUUUCAAACUUGUAACAAAACAUUAUUCCAACAAAGUAUGUUUGAAUGUCUUAAUUGGGUUCAAAAUCUCAUUCAUAACAAACCCAUAAUGAUUAAAUGCAGAUUACAGAGGAAGAAUAAAAGGUAAACUUCCUGAGGUUCAAAGCAGAGGACAAUGCCUAACUCUAUUUUUGACCCACCCUAAACUUAACCUCAAGCCCUCAUAUUUUAAUUAUUCAGUGAUCCCCAGUUUACAUUUCUACUUAUGAUCCUAUUAAUCACACUUCAUAAAAAAAUUAAAAUAAAACAAAAAUAGCAGAACGUCUGAAUUGGUAAAAUACUGUUUUAGCUGGGAUUAUACAGGAGUACAUGUAUCAACACUAUAAACAGAUGGAAUUGGAAAGCAACAAUUCUUAAUUUACAUAAAUUACUAGUGUGGUGUCAGGUAACUAAAAGUUCGACAGUGAAAAGUUUUGACUUGUAGGAAGUCCUCUGUUUGUUAAUCUAUCAAAACUGCCUGAUGCGAGGAAACUGAAAGUUGAAGGAGGCGAAGUUUGAAAGUUAUGGUCACGUGGUUUUAAAGUUGUGCAAAGUUUUUGUUGUCAAGUUUUGGAUCCGUGCUGUGUUUAAAGGUUGAUGGAACAAAUGUAUCUUCCGUAAAAGAAACCACACCCUCAGACCAACAACUUCUACAACUUCGAAAAUGAACAUGGGGAAAGGAAGCCUGAAAAGGUUCAGAAAGGAAUCCAGGAUAGUCCAGAAAAGAAGAGGUGGCAGCAAAGUUGCAACUAAGAAGAAUUUCACCAAGACAACAAUAAAGGGAGCACGCCCAAGAGUUGUGGACAAGCCAGCUGUUAAAUCAUUAAGCAGCUUAAGAAGAUCAAGAAAUCUGGAGAAACCUGCAGAGCCAGAAGAGGAAGGGGAAGAUGAGGACCAUUGCAGUGUGUCCUCUGGGCAAGAGAAUGAAUUUCACCCCUGCAUACUGAAGCAGUCACAGACUUACAGUUGUAGUGAGAAGUUAGAACUCUCUGGAACAACUUGUAAAUCAACCUGUAGGCAAACAAAGAUGGAAGCAGAAAGUGAAGAGAAGAGGCUUCAAACACACAAGGGAAGCAAGGUUCCUGUAGACUGUAUAGCACAGGCUCUCGGCACCUAUGGCUCCAUGGCAAGAAAGAGAAGUGCCCAGGAAGUACUGUGCGGAGCCCCAGUUAACAAGAGGAAGUCUCUUCUGAUGAAACCACGGCACUACAGUCCCAGCAAUGACUGUGAGGAGGAGAAUGAGGACCUCACAGAACCAGAGGACAAAGAAGAGGCAAGGAGCACUGACUCUCCAGCAGGUGGAAACUUAGGGAAACUAGCCCGAGUGAGUUUGGAGACAGACAAGCUCUCACGCAAAAACAGCUACCACAAUGCAGUGGAAAAGACACUACUAAAACAAGAACCUGAGAAUUCACCUGAGCAUGCUGCCUUUGAAAGCACCCUGAAUGACAGUGGCAUCCACUCCACAGAAGCAGACAGUGAAGGUAAUGUGCCACACCAAGCAAAAGAGGAAAAGAAUGCUGCUUCAGAGGCAGAGCCUUAUUGCUCUUUGGUGCACAGUGAAAGCCACUCUGAAAUUGUGGACAGUGGGUGGGAAAAUUUGUCCAAGUUUGUGAAGGUGAAUGGCAUAAACGGUAAUCACACAACAGAAUCACUGAAGAAGAAAAGUGAUGCAGUGAAGAAUGAUGAUGACAUGGAUUCAGGUGUUUGCCAAGACCUGGAUGUGCAAAUAAAAAAUCUGCAUGGUGAGACCCUGGGCUCUAGGAAAGACUCAAGUGAAAGUGAAGACAAGGCUGAUGUUCUUGAUGAAGAUGAUGGCUGGUCAGCAGGGGUUUCAGAGCACACCCUUGAUUUCGACAGGGCUAAAGGGAAUCUGAGUCUCCUGGAACAGGCCAUAGCCCUUCAGUCUGAGCAGCGGCAGGUCCUUCACAAUGCUUACAAGGAAAUGGACCGGUUCUUAUUGGAACAAAUGAGUGGGGAACGGAGACACAGCAGACUCGUAGACAUUGAUGGCAAACACAACUAUAACAACUGCAAAGAAUCUCCACGAUCAGAUAAGAAAGAAACAAAGUGCCCUACACCAGGUUGUGAUGGCACUGGUCAUGUGACAGGACUCUACCCACAUCACAGAAGUCUUUCUGGGUGCCCUCAUAAGGUCCGAGUGCCACCAGAGAUCCUUGCCAUGCAUGAGAAUGUACUAAAGUGUCCAACGCCAGGAUGCACAGGGAGGGGGCAUGUCAACAGUAACCGUAGCACACACAGGAGUCUUUCUGGUUGUCCUAUUGCUGCUGCUGGAAAAAAUCCAAAAUCCCAGGAAGAUAGUCCAAAAAGUGGACAAAAUUCUGACUGGGUCUCCAGACUUCCAGGCUUGCCAAGACAGUUCGAGGUUCCUCAAUACAGCUACAGUUUUGCACAGCCUGUCACUGCUCUCCAAGCAAACCUGGCAAAGAAUUUGGACAAAUACAGCAAGGUCCGCUUUGAUUAUGCUAGCUUCGAUGCACAGGUCUUUGGUAAACGCACUGUUGCCCCUGUUGCACUGGACAAGGAUGCUGCACACUUUUCUGAAUCAUCCCCACAGUUUUCAAGCUCACAGACAUCCAGUAACAGACUGCCAGCUCCCCGGGCGAAGAGCCCCUGCCAUCCCAGCACCUACAGCUACAGCCAUACUGGAGACGCCCAUGCUGCUGCUGCGGCCGCUGCCAUUCUCAACCUGUCCCCCCAAUACAGAGGGAUGCCUGACAGUAACUCUACCAAGCCGCAGGCUCCCUCCAGAAAGGAUGUAUUCAUCGAGGUGGAUGAAAAUGGCACUCUGGACCUGAGCAUGAAAAGGAACCGUGUACAUGAGAAGGUCCCUCCAGUUCUACCUUUGGAAACUGUACCAUCUACACCAAAGUCUUCUCCUUCAAAAACUGGCAUCAUCCUGGUAACACCUGCCUUCUAUCAGGCUCUUUGUGAACGGGAAGGAUGGGACACUCCCGUUAACUACAGCAAAGCCCACAAAUUAAUAGACAAAGAGAAAGAAGAGCUGGAUAGUGUAGCUGACAAUCUGGAGGAAAGAAAAUAUCCAGGUGAUGUAACUAUUCCGAGCCCAAUGUCCAAACCUCUUUCCAGGGACAAUAAAAAGGAGCUGAUGAGCUGUCCAACUCCAGGAUGUGAUGGAAGUGGACAUGUGACUGGAAAUUAUGCUUCUCAUCGCAGUGUUUCUGGCUGUCCAUUGGCUGACAAGACUCUAAAAUCUAUCAUGGCCGCCAAUUCUCAGGAACUCAAGUGUCCAACACCUGGUUGUGAUGGUUCAGGUCAUGUGACUGGAAACUAUGGUUCACACAGAAGCUUAUCUGGCUGUCCAAGGGCCAAGAAAGGAGGGCUGAAACUAACGCCCAGCAAGGAAGACAAGGAAGACAAAGACCUUAAAUGUCCAGUAAUUGGUUGUGAUGGCCUGGGUCACACAUCAGGCAAAUAUACAUCCCAUCGCAGUGCAUCAGGCUGCCCUGUAGCUGCCAAGAGACAGAAGGAGAGCUCCAAUAACGGGUCUCCAUUCUCCUGGAAUGUCAGCAAACAAGAACUGCCACACUGUCCUUUGCCAGGCUGUAAUGGAUUAGGUCAUGCUAAUAAUGUGUUUGUCACUCAUAGAAGUUUGUCUGGAUGUCCUUUGAAUGCCCAGACAAUCAAGAAAUGUAAGCAUUCAGGAGAAGAGAUGAUGACCAUUAAACUUAAAGCAAGCAGCGGUAUAGAAGAUGAAGAAGACAUGAAACACCUAGAUGAGGAGAUCAAGGAACUGAAUGAAUCAAAUCUUAAAAUAGAGGCCGACAUGCAGAAACUCCAGACUCAGAUAUCUUCAAUGGAAUGUAAUUUAAAAUCAAUUGAAGAAGAAAACAAGAUGAUUGAGCAGCACAAUGACAGCCUGCUGAAGGAGUUAGCUCGUCUGAGUCAGGCUCUUAUCAACAGCCUUUCUGAUAUACAACUCCCUCAAAUGGGGCCAAUCAGCGAGCAGAAUUUUGAAGCCUAUGUGAACACUCUGACAGACAUGUACAACAAUUCGGAGCACGAUUACUCGCCUGAAUGUAAAGCUCUUCUUGAAAGCAUCAAACAAGCUGUAAAAGGCAUUCACAUGUAAAUGUUCAAGCCAGUAUAACUUGUAUCAAAGCUAUAAAUGCUGCUGAACAGUUGGAUUCUUUGGGAUGGACUGGUUUGGUUGGAUAUACAAGAGAACACUUUUGGAAAUGCAGUUCCGUAUUACAGCUGACACAUUGCACUAAAAAUAUAUUUAUACCAGUAACAGUGGUGACUUAAUGGACAUUAACAACAAUUCACUUGAAAUCUUUAUUUUAUUGAAUUUUUUCC